AUGGGGGCAGAGGGAGACAGUUCUUCCUGGGCUCAAGAAAACAUCUUGAACAAAGAUUUGCUCUCUGCUACAUCUGUCCAGCUGUGCUAUGAGAACCUGAACAGAUCCUGUGUCAGGAGCCCAUACUCUCCAGGCCCCCGCCUCAUCCUCUAUGCAGUCUUUGGCUCUGGGGCUGUGCUGGCUGUGUUGGGAAACCUCCUGGUGAUGAUGUCAAUUCUCCAUUUCAGGCAGCUGCAUUCUCCUGCCAACUUCCUGGUGGCAUCCCUGGCCUGUGCCGACUUCCUGGUGGGGGUGACAGUGAUGCCCUUCAGCACGGUGAGGUCUGUGGAGGGCUGCUGGUACUUCGGGGAGAGUUACUGCAGAUUACACACUUGUUUUGAUGCAUCAUUCUGUUAUUCUUCUAUCUUCCACCUGUGCUUCAUCUCUGUGGACAGAUACAUUGCCAUCAGUGACCCCCUGAGCUACCCUGCCAGGUUCACUGCAUCUGUGUCUGGCAAGUGCAUCACCUUCUCCUGGCUCCUGUCCAUCAUCUACAGCUUUUCCCUCCUUUACUCAGGGGCAAAUGAAGCUGGGCUGGAGGACUUAGUCAGUGCUCUCACCUGUGUAGGCGGAUGUCAGCUGGCAGUCAAUCAAAGCUGGGUCUUCAUCAAUUUUUUGUUAUUUUUCAUCCCCACGCUGGUCAUGGUAACUGUCUACUCUAAGAUUUUCCUCAUUGCUAAACAGCAGGCUCAGAAGAUUGAGAAGAUGAGUGACCAGAGAGCCAAGGCCCCAGGCAGCUACAAGGACAGGGUGGCCAAGAGGGAGAGGAAAGCAGCCAAAACCCUGGGAAUUGCGGUGGCUGCCUUCCUCCUCUCAUGGCUGCCAUACUUCAUUGACUCCAUCAUUGAUGCCUUCCUAGGGUUCAUCACACCCACGUAUGUGUAUGAAAUACUAGUUUGGAUUGCUUACUAUAACUCAGCCAUGAACCCUCUGAUUUAUGCUUUCUUUUAUCCUUGGUUUCGAAAAGCCAUCAGAAUGAUUGUCACUGGCAGAAUCUUGAGAGGGAAUUCCUCCACCACCAACUUGUUUCUUGGUUUAGUUGGGGAUGACAAAGAGAUUCAGAGCAUAGCAUCACCUCUGCAACUGAGGGUCCAGAUCUACUCCCACAAAGUGAGGAGUUAA